GAAAAAUAAAAAGAAUAUCGGGACAAAUUUUCGUGGAGCUGGAAUUGAGCACAUUGUCUGUAACCACAACUCACUUUGAUAAAGUGUACUGCAGUGGUUAUUGUGAAAUGUGUGAACAACCCUCCAGGCUGCAUUUCUCACAUAAAAAAAAAAAACCCACAUCAGCUGGAAGAGGCAGGAUUUCAGUCCACCACCUGCGCAUAAGGACGGGCUAGAGGCCAUGUCUACAGUGGGGGAUCUCAAGACAAAGGAGGAGAAGGAUGCAGAGCUUGACAGACGGAUCGAGGCGCUGCGCAAGAAGAAUGAAGCUCUGGUCCGGAGGUACCAGGAAAUAGAAGAGGACAAAAAGAAGGCGGAGCAGGAGGGGAUUGCCGUGAAGACGCACCCACCCAGGAAGGGUCGCCCUCACGAUGGCCCGCCAGAGGGAGACCGAUGGAGGACAGAGAAAGAGAACUUCACUGUCACCGUAGACCUCUCCAAACCUGCAGGGGAGAAAAGGGUGAUCAAUGACUGGAAACAAGGGCCACCGCGAGACAGGCGGGACUCUGAGGAGGGAGACAGCCCCAGACCCCAAGGUGAAAGCCCCCCGCGGAGGGCUGGGUCCAGGCGGCUCAGCAGGGGUGGACAGAGAGGGGGAGGACCACGGCAGGAUAGGAGAGAGCAACGCCCUGACAGACACCUAGCAGACCCACACCAGGCCCAUGACAGACCACCACGAGAGGAGAGACCACCACGAGAGGAGAGACCACCACGAGAGGAGAGACCACCACGAGAGGACAGACCACCACGAGAGGACAGACCACCACGAGAGGAGAGACCACCGAGAGAGGACAGGCGUCCAAGAGAGGAGAGGGGUCCAGGCAUGGAGGGGCCAGGAGAGGGCCCCGGCCGCAGUGAACGUGCCCCACGCGGAGGAAGGAGAGGAAGGGAAGAAGGAGGAGGACCACAGGGUGGUGACAGGAAGUCAAAGGAGUGGGAGGAGAAAAGGAGGCAGAACAUUGAGAAGAUGAAUGAGGAGAUGGAGAUGAUUGCAGAGUAUGAAAGAGGACAAAGGCCUGCCGAGGGAGACAAGCCCAUCCGUAACUUCUUGGAUGACCCGCGGCGCUCCGGCCCAGUCCAGGACAUGGACCGCAAGGAGGGCAGCCGCCGACACGUCCGAAACUGGGGCGGAGUAGACUUUGACAACGUGAAGACUGGAUCUGAGCUGGAGAAGGAGUGGACAAGUCGGAGACCAGGAGUCCCUAAGGGCUCCAUGGAUAUGACCAUGUCUAUGACUGGCCUGGAGCGUGCAGAGUACCUCCGCUGGAAGAAGGAGCGUGAGGAGAUUGAUGAGUUGCGUCUGGCCAGGCACAGGAACGCCACAGGCCAGUGGAGACGGGAAUGGGACGCCCAGAAGACUGACGGCUUGUUCAAGGAGGACCCAGCUGUGGCUGCAGAGGGCAUGCUGCCAGACCACGGCGGGGCCUCAGACAAUGUGAAGGGACCUCCCAAGGCACCCACGUUCGGAGACUUCCUGGGGCAGGGUAGAGGACCCAGGGCGGGGGUCCGUGGAGAGCGGGGGAGGGGACGAGGACAGAGACAGAGCUACAGCAUGCACGAUAACCGCUGGGAGGCGGAGGAGGAGGAGAAAGAGAAGGAAGACAAACCCAAGAAGGAGGAGAAGAGUCAGAAGGAGGAACGGAAGCCCAAAGCUCCCUCAUCACAAAAGAUGGAGAAGAGUGGUGAUGCAGAGGAGGAUGAGGAUGAGUGGGAGGAUGAGGAUACGGACGGGGAUGACGACUCAGAGGGGGAGGAGAAAGGGAAAGACGGACAGUCCCCGAAGAAGGCACCUCGCCCAGAAACCACAGCAGGGAAGUCCGCCGCCACCUCACCCCCUCCCUCCACUCCCCCGUCCGCAGCCAGUCCCAAAGAGCAGUGCACCCUGAGGUCCAAAGUCUACAUCCCCUCCCCACAGGAGGCUCAGGACUCCCCCGAUGGCCUCAAGCCCCUCAGCCCCUUCUCGUCCUUGGACGGCCACCAGCCGGUCAGAGACUGGGGGGAGGAGAUGGAGAUGCAGUCCCCCCGGAGCAGUAUGGGGGAAAGCCCCCCGAAACCCCCCAGCGCUGAGGAGAGCCCUGCCCAGGUUAAGGUGAAAGAAGCCAGCCGUAACUCCAGCCCCAGCCCAACCCCCAGUCCCAGCAAGCCAGCAGAGCCAGAGAAGGAGAGGGACACACGGACAGUUGUGGUCACUGCUCCUCCACCAGAGGAGACCCUGAUCCAGGAAGAAACUUCUGUAUCAUCAUCAUCAUCAUCAUUAGAGCCUGUCUCUACCCCCACUGACCCCCCAGAGAAAGAGGAGACCACCACCACUCCACCAGCCCAGGAGACACCUGCUACCCCCACAGAGGAUGAGGAGGAGGACCCUGCCGCCGCCCCUGCUCUUCUCCUGGAGGCUGACCAGAGCCUGUCUGAGCCGGCCACUGCCCCAGAGACGGCCCAAGACACCUCAGAGCAGCCAUCUUCAGGCUGAGAGCUGCUCUAGGAAACUGACUUUUCAGUGCUAGUGGUUCACAGAUGAUGGGAGAAAAUAAUGAGGAGAAGAAAGAUAACCGGGCCUUGCGCACCAUGACUGGAGCAGCCAUCACAGACAACCUGGAGGGAUGUGGCCGGGCACCUGGCCUCCAAACCGCUCCCUCUCCUCAACAAUCAGACCAUGUAUGUGCUGUACAGUUUGACUAGGAGCUGCACCUUGCAUAGAAUAGUGAUACUGCCGUUCAUCUGAGCCGCUAUGGUAAAUGGCUUGGGUUUUAUAGCAGCCAAUUAGGAUGGAACUGUGAUGUCAAGUGAACAAAGCCCUGACUUGUUUUUACCUUUUCUUUUGUGUUAUUGGUUUGUGUGUGAUUAACAAAUCAAACUAUUACAUUUUGCGAAGACUCACAAAUAUUACAUUCUCUCACCUCAAUUUUUCAACAUUAGCAUUUUUUUAAACUCCACCUCUCUUUCGGAAGGUCAAAGAGACUUAUGCCCCUUCAACAUGGCUAAAAAUGCCAUAUUUGGCAUGCUAACAGUUGAAAGAGCAUUCUCCUCCCUGAAUGUAGACCGCUCAUUGACAACAGCUUAUCCACACUUGUUUUAAUAGCCCUUACUUUAAAGAUUCCCAAGACCCCCCUCACCCAAAACUGUCCUCCCCUAUUAGCCUGUAAAAGCUGAAUGAUUGAUUGAUUGAUUGAUUUAAUGUUAUUGGACACUGUUAGUGUCCCAAAUGUCACUAUCUCUAUAUAGUG